AUGCAGGACGUCAACAUCGCCCGAGUCACUAACACUUGGAUUCACUCGCCAAAGUGUCUAGCAACAUCGUUCCUCUUACAGUCAUCAAGGGUGCCGGCCACGAGUUCAUCCCCUCCCCCCCAGGGUGAGAACGCAACCACGGCCGAUUUCCACUCUAUCCGCACCAAGACCACCGACUCUCCCUCAUACUUUACCUCUGGAUUUUACAAGAUCGAGGCUGGGCCUGAACGACCCGCACACUACAAUUUCGAGGAAACUAAGUAUGUUCUGAGUGGUCAGAUUGAUAUUUUGGACGAGGCUACUGGUGUCACCCAUCACCUAGUCCCAGGGGACUUUGCUUUCUUCCACGUCGGAUCCAAGGUGAAAUUCUCCACCAAGUCCCAAGGCCUUGCCUUCUACGCCGUUACUCGGCCCAUUCGCAACCCUCAUCCUAACCUUAAAGGCCGUGAGGAGAAGAAGGCCCGCCUUUAA